AUGACAAGCCAAGGAAGGCGAGGCAGGCCGCCUAAGAGUUCGUUUAAGAACACUAUUCUCCAUUCUCCGGUCAAUAACCUCCAUUCCACUGUUGGUUAUUUUCCACAACAUAUAGUAAGGAAAUCAAGAACCAGAAGCAAAAAAAUUCCUGUGAAAACAUGGCCUCGUUCGGGUUCUGAAGAUGUGGAAACGCUACCUCGAUGGGAUAUGGAAAAAGAGAGUAGCCUACCGCGAUGGAUGACGAAAAAGAAGAACAUAAAUCCAAAGUCAAACAAGCAAUCUGAGAGUAUAAGUGGAGCAUCAAACAAUGAAUGUAGUCCAUGUUCAUUUUCGAAAUCUUCGUUGGUUCCAUGGAUGGCAGAAAUUGUGAUUCCAGGACCAAUUCCGGACCUUGAUUAUUUGUCCGAUGAAGUUGGUUUCUUAAAGAAUUUUUUUGUGGGCAUACCAGAAGAUUAA